AUGUACUACCUUGCUAAGUACCCGGAGCAACUUGCGAAACUCCGCGCCGAGGUCGAGCCACUCCUAGUAGGGAGAACUACUCUAGAUCCUAAGGAUGCCGGCGAGGCCAAGCAUCUGAAUGGUAUCAUCCACGAAGUCCUCCGGUUACAUCCUCCUAUCCCGUCUGGUUUCCCGCGACUCACUCCCGAGGAGGGUAUUGUGGUUGACGGUACCUAUAUCCCCGGAGGAACCACAGUGACACUACUAUCGGAUUUCUUAGUCUAG